UAUUAAUUUUUUAAAAAUUGCUUAUGUUACAAUUUUUUUUUUAAAUUGAUACAUUACAUUUUAAAAUAAAAAUAAUGCUAAAAUUUUUCUACACUUUCUUAGCUGGGAAAAUGUUUAUAGUUCAUACUAUCACAGAUUUUUUAUACUAGUAAUAAAUUUCGAAACACAGCUUAUGUUAUAUUUGUGAUACGAUUGUCAUUUUGCGAUUGACCGAAUUAAUUGCAUGAAUGCAAACGUUCACAUUUGUGAUUUAAUGUAUUUUUUAGAGAAAUAAAAAAAAAUGGAUUUUCCAAACAUGACAAUGUUUUUCUAAUUAAGUAAAAUGAACUUUUAUUGGGGUUAAAAGUGACGGAUGCAGCAAAGAACCAACAAGUGAAGUAAGAAGAACGUAUGUACGAUAUAUAGAAAACGGAUCGAUAACGCAUCAACGAUAAAUAUCGAUUUGAAGUUACUGACGUCGAAUAACUUUUUUAAAAGAAAAAUAUUGAGAAGAUUGUUAUUUUAUACAUACAAUAAAGUUGAAUAUCAUAGUUUAAUAUUAUUUUAAGUAUGUAUUUAAUGUGGAUAAAGUCAAAAUUAUCACUUUUUCGCUGUGGCGUCAAACUGCGACACUUGUCGCAUUAUCGCAAUAUUACCAGAGAAGCUACCAUAGAAUCGAAAUACGAAUUAUAUCGGCUCGAUAAAGGGCCGCUUGAAAAAUCGACUUUAAAUGUGGAAGAUACUAUAUUUGCACUGAAGACAAUGAACUAUAUACGUCGAAUGGAAAACAAAGCUGCAGAAUUAUACAGACAGCGGCUCAUUAAUGGCUUCUUACAUUUAUACGUUGGCCAGGAAGCUAUAGCUGUCGGUCUCAAAAUGGCUUUGUUUGAACGGGAUACUGUUAUUACGGCAUAUAGAUGUCAUGGUUUCGCUGUUGUAUUUGGUAUCCCAAUUUGCUCUGUCCUUGCGGAACUUUUAGGUCGUAAGACGGGCGCGGUCAAAGGUAAGGGCGGCUCGAUGCACAUGUACGCUCCACGAUUUUACGGUGGCGACGGUAUUGUCGGAGGACAAGUGCCUGUCGGUACUGGUAUAGCUUUAGCCCACAAAUACAAUGGUACAGGCGCCGUAUCUUUUACGUUGUAUGGCGACGGGGCAGCCUCGCAGGGUCAAAUCUACGAAGCUUGGAAUAUGGCGAAGCUUUGGAAUCUACCGGUAGUCUACAUUUGUGAAAAUAAUAGAUACGGUAUGGGCACAGCCGUACAUCGACAUUCCGCCAAUACUCGACUUUAUACGCGGGGAGAUCUUAUACCAGGGAUAAAGGUCGAUGGGAUGAAAAUCAUAGAUGUACGAGAAGCUAUACGCUUCAGUAGAGAUUACGCGCUCAGAAACGGUCCGAUUGUGUUGGAGAUGGUAACUUAUCGUUAUUUCGGACACAGUAUGAGCGAUCCCGGUUAUUCGUAUCGUACUAGAGAAGAGAUUAAAGCUGUGCAAACCGAGCAAGAUCCAAUCAUGUUAUUUACCAAACUAAUCGUAGAGAAAGGCCUUAUGACCGAAAAAGAUGUCGAGAACAUACGAACGUCAAUCUAUAAAGAAGUUGAUCAAGAAGUAGAGCGAGUCAAAGCCGAUCAAUGGCCAGAAAUGUCCGAAAUUUCAGCCGACGUUUAUGUUAAACCAUUGGAGAAAGUUCGCGGUAAAGUUCCUUGGGAAUUACAUUAAAAAACAAUAUUAAAAUUUUGUAAAAUUUCUUAGUAUAAAUUUUAAUUGUUCUAUGAUUUUUCUUGUACUUAAGAUUUAAAUUAUUUAUGUUUGUAACAAUGAUGUAUAUUGUAUACACUUUUUAAAAAUAUAUGCAUUACACAGAAACAAAACACGUAUAAGUUUAUGAUUUGGAUUUAGGAAAAUGAAGUCAAACCUUUUUGACAACAAGAUAUGAAAGAGAUUCUUUUCUAUUUUAUUUUAUGUAACUUAUACCCUGUAAACAAGAUGUGCACAAUAUGUUAGCAGAUUAACAACAGAUUUUUUCAGAAGUUGAUAGCAAAUUGGCAUGUGUUAUUUGAGCAAUAUACUUAUAAUUUGCUACAGUCUGUUCACAGAAUCUGAUCAUAGCCUAGGUAGUACACCAAACAGCACAAUGACGUCGGUAGGACAUCCAAAAGAUGUCCAGGAUGUAGAUGCAGGAUAUCCUGAGGACAUCCCAUUUUAAUCUUAGAAUCUCCUCUGGACAUCCUGAGGAACAGUGUAUGAAAGCCGUAUAUAAGCCCCUGAAACAUCCAGGGAGAUCCUGUGAAUGAUCCUAAGAAUUUCCACAAGACAUAUUAAGGAUUCUAUAGGAUAUGUUAGGGAUAUUUUUGGAACUUUAAGGACCAAAUUCUGAAAGUGAAAUAUAGAUAAACUAAUUAAUAUUUCA